GGCAGGAAAAGCAACAUGGCGGCGGAAAGCGGAGAAGGGCCGCAGGAGAUGAUGGAGGUCUUCUUCCCAGAUUGUUGGUUUUAGGAAGAUGUGAAGGGAGGAAAAAGUGUUCCAAAAAUCAAAGUAAAAACAAGGGUUGACAGGCGGAUUGAAUCGGAAGAGUCAGGGGAUGAAGAAGGGAAGAAGCAAGCAGCUUGCAUAGUGACAGACCUCAGCCAGCAGAGCCUGAGAGAUGAGCAGAAUGGUGAGAAUUCAACAGGAGAAGCAGAGACACCAGUGGACAUGGAGACAAUUAGCCUGGACCCAGAAGCAGAGGAUGUGGACCUGAACCAUUUCCGAAUUGGCAAGAUUGAAGGAUUUGAGGUGCUCAAAAAAGUGAAGACUCUGUGUCUGCGUCAGAAUCUGAUUAAGCAGAUUGCGAAUCUGGAACAGUUGCAGACUCUCCGAGAGCUGGAUCUCUACGACAAUCAGAUUCGAAAGAUUGAGAACUUGGAGUCCUUAACAGAGCUUGAGAUCCUGGACAUCUCAUUUAACAUACUGCGACGCAUUGAAGGACUAGACCGACUCACCCAACUAAAAAAGCUGUUCCUUGUCAACAAUAAAAUCAGCAAAAUUGAGAACCUGAGCAGCCUACAGCAAUUACAGAUGUUAGAGUUGGGAUCCAAUCGAAUCCGGGCAAUUGAAAAUAUUGACACACUGACUAACCUGGACAGUCUGUUCCUGGGGAAGAACAAAAUCACCAAGCUCCAGAACUUGGAUGCACUGACAAACUUGACAGUGCUCAGUAUACAGAGCAAUCGCCUAACCAAGAUUGAAGGUCUGCAGAACCUGGUGAACUUGCGUGAGCUGUAUCUUAGCCACAAUGGCGUAGAAGUCAUUGAGGGACUGGAGAACAAUAAUAAACUUACAAUGCUGGACAUUGCAUCCAAUAGAAUCAAAAAGAUCGAAAAUAUCAGCCAUCUAACAGAGCUCCAGGAAUUCUGGAUGAAUGAUAAUCUCAUCGAGAGUUGGAGCGACCUGGACGAGCUGAAGGGAGCCAAGAAUUUGGAAACUGUGUAUCUGGAGAGAAACCCCCUGCAGAAGGACCCUCAGUACCGACGCAAAAUCAUGCUGGCCCUCCCUUCCGUCCGGCAGAUUGAUGCCACGUUUGUCCGGUUCUGAAUCUUCCACUAUCCUCCUUGCCUGCCUUCCUUGGAGAAAUGUCCCAGCUGGGUUUUUUAUCCACUUGCCACUCCCCAAGACUUCAGUACACUGACACUUACAGAGCAAAUGGCCAAUAAAAGCACUGAAUACCAGGUCUUGUGUAUAAUGCACUCUCUUGUUGUUUUGGAAAUAUUAUUACUAUUAUUAAAUCUUAACACGUGACGUUU